AUGGCAGCUGAUGAAUGUAACAUACGAGUUGUUGCUCGUUUUCGUCCAUUAAACGAAUCGGAAGAACGUGCUGGAAGUAAAAGCGUCGUCAAAUUUCCCGCAGAUCAAGAUGAAACUGUUCUCAUAAGUGGAAAAGUUUAUAUAUUCGAUAAAGUUUUUCGCCCUGAUGCUACCCAAGAAAAAGUUUAUAAUGAAGCCGCAAAAGAGAUAGUCAAAGAUGUGCUUAGCGGUUAUAACGGAACGAUAUUCGCUUACGGUCAGACAUCCAGUGGAAAGACACAUACAAUGGAGGGUGUGAUGGGUAGUGAUGGUCAGCAGGGCAUAAUUCCUCGAAUUGUUCAAGAUAUAUUCAAUCAUAUAUAUACAUUAGAUGCGAACCUUCAAUUUCAAAUCAAAGUUUCUUAUUUUGAAAUAUACCUUGAUAAAAUUCGUGAUUUACUUGAUGUAUCCAAAACUAAUCUAGCUGUGCAUGAAGAUAAAAACCGCGUGCCGUAUGUCAAAGGAGUAACUGAACGGUUUGUUUCGUCACCUGAUGAAGUUUUCGAGAUCAUGGAAGAAGGAAAAAACAAUCGACACAUUGCUGUCACGAAUAUGAAUGAACAUAGUUCUCGUUCACAUUCUGUUUUUCUUAUUCAUGUUAAGCAAGAAAAUGUGGAAAAUGAAAAGAAAUUAACUGGAAAACUUUACCUAGUUGAUUUAGCGGGAAGUGAAAAAGUUUCGAAAACCGGGGCCGAAGGUCAAGUUCUUGAUGAAGCUAAAAAUAUUAACAAAUCUUUAUCGGCACUCGGAAAUGUCAUUUCAGCGUUAGCUGAUGGAACUAAAUCUCAUGUACCAUAUCGCGAUUCAAAAUUAACGCGUAUUUUACAAGAAUCUUUAGGUGGUAAUGCUCGUACAACUAUAAUCAUCUGUUGUUCACCGGCUAGUUUCAAUGAAUCUGAAACGAAAUCAACACUUGAAUUUGGCAAAAGAGCCAAGUGUAUUAAGAAUUCAGUUACGGUUAAUGAAGAAUUAACUGCUGAAGAAUGGAAACGUCGAUGGGAGAAAGAACGAGAGAAGGUUGCAAGAUUAAAAGGUCAACUCAGUCGAGCAGAAAUGGAGCUGGAACGAUGGCGACAAGGUGAAACUGUGAAUAAAGACGAACAAAUUAAUCUCAAUGAAACUGACGAAACACUUUCGAUCACUCAAUCAACAAUGUCACUUUCGACUGUCGCCUCAACAGCUCUUAGUCCAACAUCUACUACGAAUGCACUGGCUGUGACCAAUCUAUUAGGUGGUCCUGAUCUACGCGCAUCCAUCAAUGCCGAUGAAUGGGAAAAAGAACGCAGUGCACUCUAUCAACAAUUAGAUGAAAAAGAUGAUGAAAUCAAUAAUUUAGCACAAACGAUCGAGCGAUUGAAAUCUCAAACAACUGAUCAAGAUGAAAUCUUUAGUCAGGCUCGUAAAGACAAUGAAAAUCUUCAAGCAGAACUAAAUCGUCUUCAACAAGAAAGUGAAUCAGCUAAAGAAGAAGUUAAAGAAGUUUUACAAGCUCUCGAGGAACUGGCUGUUAAUUACGAUCAGAAAACACAAGAAGUUGAAACGAAAAGUAAAGAAAAUGAAACAUUAGUUCAAGAACUCGACGCGAAAUUGGCUUCGUUGAAUGGUAUUCGAGAAGAACUGGAAAGUCUUCGGGAAGCAUCGCAAACUCAACGUAAACGAUUUCUGGAUAUGAUUUUAGUACUGUUACGGGAUGUGGGUGACAUCGGCGGUAUUAUGGGCGGACAAAUGAAUGAACAAAAGAAACCAACGAUUGAAAAUCUUGACCAAGCAGAAGAGGAAUUUACUUUAGCACGUCUAUACAUGAGCAAAUUAAAAACGGAAUCACGAAGCAUCACAGGACGUUUGAGCGAACUUGAAGUCGAAAAAGUUGAUCAUCAGAAAGGUAUUGAAUUGAAAGAUAAAGAACUAGACGAAGCACGAUUAUUAAUCCAACAACACGAAGCGAAAAUGCGCUCGAUGCUAGAAUCAAUCAAAGAGUUAGAAGAGAAGAAACGUACUUUAGAACAAACACAAGAUUCACUCAAUGAGGAACUAGUCAAACUUCGCGCUCAAGGUAGUGUUGCUGGUUCAACAUCCGAUGUUCAAAAGGAGCUAAGUCAACAAAUGGAACAGAUCAGUGAACAACAUCAAAAGCAAUUGACAAGUUUACGCGAUGAAAUUCGUACAAAAGAAACCCAGAUGGAGACUUUAAAAGAUUCUUUACAAAAAUUAGAAUUAGCUUAUGAUAAAUUAUCGAAUGAUCAUGAGAAAUUGAAAAAAGAAGAAACAGAUAAGUCCAGUCGAUUACAAGAAAUGACUUUACAACAAGAACGUCGUGAACAAGCCAAACAGGAUUUGAAAGGUCUCGAAGAAACAGUUGCCAAGGAAUUACAAACAUUACAUAAUCUACGCAAACUGUUCGUCCAAGAUUUACAAGCACGUCUGAGAAAGUCUCAAAAACAACCGGAAGCAGAAGAGGAUGAUUCAGGCGGUAGUGCUGCUCAAAAACAAAAGAUCUCAUUUUUGGAGAACAAUCUCGAUCAACUGACUAAAGUUCAUAAACAGCUUGUGCGUGAAAAUGCUGACCUUCGAUGUGAAUUACCAAAAUUAGAAAAGCGUCUUAAAGCAACAAUGGAUCGCGUUAAAUCACUUGAACAAGCAUUAAAAGAAGCAAAAGAAAGCGCAAUGAAAGAUCGAAAACGCUACCAGUGCGAAGUUGAUCGCAUUAAAGAAGCUGUCCGACAACGUAACCUUGCUCGUCGUACCAAUGCUGCUCAAAUCGUAAAACCAAUCCGUGCUGGAGUGAAUCCAUCGACGAAUAAUGCUUCGACACCAAUUCCAACGAUUCGUGGUGGUAGUCAAUCUACGGAUCAGUAA